GACUAGGAUAAUUUCUUGGCGAUAAAAAAUCAAGAUUUUAUGAGCAGAAUGUCCGAUCAUAGCAAGGAUGCGGCGGCGGCGGUGUCGUUGGCAGUUGUGAUGAAUGAAGAGAGGAACAAGGUGCUCUUCGCCGUCGCCGACAACCACUUCGCAGAUAUUUUGAUCAGCUUCUUGACUUUGCCGUUGGGAAGAAUCCUCAAACUCCUCGAGAAGCACUACGGCAAGGAGGCGCCCGCCAUCGGAAGCUUAAGCAGUUUUUACCGCGGCGUAGCGAAUCUCGGCGCCUCCCAUUUUGCGACGGAGGGCGCUAAGCAGGCUCUGCUCAAUCCAAGAAGUUCAUUCGAAGCCAAAUGCGAAAGGCUGAAAUUCGAUGUAACUGAUCCUCCGCCGGCUGAAUAUUUCCGUUGUUCCAACAACAACCAUAAAAAAUAUCGUAGUGUAAGCUUGUACUAUGAUACAUUGGGUAAUGUUCAGUGCAGCACUUGCUGCUACGGCUCUGUGUCGAAAAAAGUAGUUGAAAGCUCUGUGUUGAAAAAAGUAGUUGAAAAGAGCUCUGUAUUUACUCCUAGUAGUUGUGGAGUCUUCACUAAACAAGAAGGAUCUUUCAUUAUAUGUGAUGAUCUGCAGAUAUUUCCAAAUGACACAGGAAUCUCCGGAAUCGUGAGCUUUCUUGGCAUUAGAGACUCAGAUUGUAAGGGCGAGGCAAUCCGAAUGGAACUCGGAUUCAAUGAGGUUAUGAAUUUGUUAUUGGCAUCCUUGACGUCCCCAACUCCAUUGUCGGACAUCAUCUUAAAGAAAACAAGAAACACAAUCUCUGCAAUGCCGGAAUCUAAACCAAAGAUUCCAUUACACGAUGAUGCUUCAGAAGAAGAAAAUCCCAACUCUAAGAAUCUAAGCUUGAAAUUGACGAUACAAAAAUCUACCGGCAAGCUGCUGCAUGCCGAAGCUAAGAAAGAGUUUGUAGAGUUUCUGUUUAGCCUCCUCUUUAUCCCACUAGGAGGAGUUGGGAAUCUUCUCAGAGGUAACACUAGUUUUAAGGCCAUCGACAACUUGUACCGGAGCACAGCCAACGGAGAGAUCUUCGACACCGGAGAUAUAAAAGAGAGACUAACGAAAUUUCAUCUGGUUCAUGGCUGCAUUUCCGAAAGCCACAUUCUUCCCAUCAGUGAAGAAAAUCUGCCUAGUUACUACAAAGAUUUCAAGUCAUCGUUUUCUUCUGUUAACUUUCGCAAUGGCAAGGGGAGUUAUCUUAAACAACGGAAAACUUAUAAGGUGACGGAUGAUUUAACUGUUGUGCCGUAUUGCUUAGUCUCCAUCCUUUGCAGUCUCGGUGAGCAGAAGAUCCCGAUAACUGAUGUCGAAGAAGUCGAGCUGCAAAUCGGAUUGAAAGAGGGUUUGAGCAUAUUGCAAGCGUCUCUUACAUCCACUUCUGCUCUCUCCGAUGCUCUGCUCGGUCAAAUAUCGAACAAACGACCUCUUACAUCCACUUCUGCUGUCUCCGAUGCUCUGCCGAGUCAAACGUUGAACAAACGACUGAAGACAGAAGACAAGACCGAAGUCUGAGUUCUCAUGUAUGCAGGGGCGAACGCAGAAAAAAUCUUUUGUGGGAGCUAUGUUUUCAAAUUUUUCUUUGAGAAUAUAUAUUUUGGGGACUUUUACAUAACAAUUUUUCACAAAAUCCAGUUAUUUAAGGUCCUACAAAGUAGAUGUUUUUGGGCUUAGUGGGGGCUUAAGCCCCCUCC